UUGUAGAGAAGGCCAAAUAAAGUGUCGCUGUCGGUUGUUAAUAGUGUUAGUGUAUUUUAAGCUUCAUGGCCAAAAGGAUGCAAAUCACUGUGCGAGCACUUUCACAGGGCUUUAAUAAAACAAUCAGAUGCGUUUAAUCUGGACGGUCCAGCCCUCAUUGCAGUUGUAUUUUUAUACACUCGCAUUGGGUCAACUUAUAAUAAGCGGUUUAUUUAUUCAACAAUGCUAAGCAACAACAGAAAUGGGUGAAUGCGCCUAAAACAGUGCUUUAAUUUUGUUUACGCGCGCGCGCGUGUGUUGUGUAAAUAAAAUAUGUAAAUGCCUGUGUGAGAGUAUAAGUAAACGUACGCAUGGCUAUGAAAAUACGCAGCAUCAACGCAGCGGCAUAUGUGGUGCAAAUAAUUGCUUUUUGUGCUGUGCGUAAAUCAAAUUAGACGCGCGUGUUUGUCAGUUUGUGGUCUUCCGCAAUGGCAGAGCGCAUAGCAGCAGCAGCUGCGACGGCAGUAAGCGCUGGUGGUCGCCAUUCGCGUAUUAGUCCAACACCAGGACGUGGCAGUAAGGUCGCCUAUACCUUGUGUCCGCGCAUCGAGCCACCGGAUGAGAAGAUGCAGCAAAUGCAGAGACGGACAUCAGCGACGAAGGCGGCAUCAAAUUGUGUUGCCAUACCUAUGUCAUCCAUUCAGACGAACACAAAAGCGAAUUUUGGUGCCGACAAUAAGGCUGGCACAUCGGGUGCUGUGCGCUCCGAACCGAUUUCGUUGUCAGCGCUGGAUCGUGACUGCUUUAUUAUACCGGUACAUAGUGUCAGUCGCUUUCUGCCAGCGGGUAUACCGUUACCCGCACCAUCGGCCGAUGGUAAAACCAAUAGUCCACUCAGUAUACUCGAGGUUUCCGAUCCGAAGCUAUGUAUACUCGUACAUUUGAUGAGCCCAUUGGAACCCAUCGAUCCAAUGCUGGAGUCACCAUUAGCACAUCCAUUGCUGAAGCAACGCGCCGUUGCAGCGGAACUCGUAUCGGAGGUGCAGCAGGCGAAUACGGCGGUGGGUGGCAUGCUCUUGGCCAAUAUGGAGAAAAACGCGGACUUCCCAUUCAUCUCUUACUAUUUAAUUAACACUACACAAACGGAUCCAUCGAACUUUUACUCGGGCAUACGCGUUUCAUCCCUGUCGAAAUUCGAGCCGAAAGCACUAAAAUAUACUGCCGCGCACACUCUAGACUUGUACAGCGAAGUGGCUGCCAUAUGCCGUCCGCCUUUGGUAUUGGCGUCCAAUGAAAAUGGUAGUUUCAAGAAGACACAAACGCCAGCAACAGGCUACAUAAUCAGUGUGUUUAAGGUUUUUGAAGGUGAUGAUGGUGAACGCUUCGAGAAAAAUUGGUUGUACUGGACGGGAGCACGAAUGCUAUAUCGUUAUCUGCCGCGCGCCGCUGGCCUACGUCGCAUCGCACUGCACAAAAGUACUUCGCAACGAGGUGAUAAAAUGUAUUUGCUGGUGUGCGAAUGUGCUGACCUGCUCAAGGAUAUCUCUUCAGCUGCCUUUUUGAUUCCUGCACUGCGAGCACGCCUCUGCGGCUACACAGGACUUUACAAGCCAAUACAAGUAUUCUAAGUAAAUAAAUAACAACAAUAAAAUAUU